GCUAGAUGCGUUAGAAUUAGUAAUGCUUUCCUCAUGUCCUGAAAGUACACAUACAAAAACACAUUUAAAAUGCAGUAAAAUACAUAUACAGAUGUCUUAAAGAUUGAAGGCUGUAAAAAAAAUAAGUCGUUUAUAUUAAAUGUAAUCCAGGUGCUCUUGGGUUCCCUUUAGAGCGGAAGGAUAUUUGCGCCGUUUUAACGUGCGAUCUCAUAUCUUAUGUACUGGACUCAAGAAUGGAGGUUUCUGAAGCCAUGGACAGCAGAACACCAUUGGCAGCCCUGUGUCUCUCUCAACGGAACAGUGAAGCUGGAGAUGUGGAUUUCUCAAAACUUACUCCUUCACAAUUUGGCAUAUCAACAAACAGCUUCUUGCCGUCCUCCAAGAUUAAAGAUAAAUCCAGAGUUGCUCAACUGAAGGCCAGGAGGAGAUCCACGAUUGGGGUCCGGGGAUCUCCAGAAACAAACUCCCUCAUCUGCUUCAGAGCCAAACAAGCCACAAAAACUCCUCCACGAACACCACAGCUUUUGCAGGGGAGUCCAUUUCUUUCACGCUGUGACUCUUUGAAGAAGAAGAUGGCUGCUUUCCAGUGUCUAAUGGAGGAGGUCGAAGAGAAGGAUGAACAGAAGAUAAAUGAGGAGAAUGAGAGUGAUAAAAGCACUUUGGCUAAAGAGGGAAAGGAGAACACGCUGAUUACACAUAGCCCACCAACUUCGAUGACGCCUCCUCCCUCAAAGAAACGCUGCCGGGCCCCACUGAGGGAGUGUGAGGACAAGAUUACUGAGACGCCACUCCUCUACCCCACCUUCACAACACAACAGGAGCAAAGGUUGAAAUGCAUUGAGUCUCAAAGCCAGAGGCCUCAUUCAGAUUUGGAUUCGGAUGCAAAGAAUGAGCUUCUGUCUUUACCCAUGCUGUCAAAACCAGACAUUAAACCAGCAGAUGAGAACGUGGUAUCUUCUGUACGCAAGAAGUGUGUUCGUUUUGGGGCCCCGCUCUCUCCAGAGUUCUUUGACAAAUCUCUCCCUCCCAGUACCCCACUACAGAAAGGAGGCACCCCAAAGUAUCCUCCGUCAUCUACGGGCCCUAAACGCUCUCUGCUGAAGACCCCUCAACGGUCUGAUCCUCUUCCCCAACCUGACUUCAGUAGUCCUCAAAGCAAUGGAGCCUCUCCUGUCCUGGUUAUUGACAGACACAAUGCUGGACUGGUGUAUAGUGAUGAAGUAUUUGAAGAGAUCGAGAAGAUCAGUUUUCCCAGUAUGGAGGACGAGUCUCCCUCAAACAAACCUUCUGAGGACGACAAAGAUGCACUCUCUGCUGCGGACCCAGGGCAGCCCCAGGCUGAAGAUGUUGAAGUUAUGAACGCUGCUUUUCAAGAAGAAGAGGAUGUACCAUUAAAUUCACAGACGGAGGAAAAACUAGCAUGCCCCACUGGUGAUCAGCCACUGGCUCUCUCCGUAGAGGAUGACCAGGAGUCUUCUGCUAGCUCUGAACAGACACUUUCAUGUAACUCCAGCAUUGAACCAACUCGCUCUCGCUGUAGAAAAAGAAAGCCUCAGUUGGAGCUCAGGAUCCUGCAGAAAGACGAAACUCGGCGUCAAAGGCUUCCUGCAGAUGGGACUCCCAGCGUUCCCCAAAGCAAGAUUCGUCCCACGGUAAGUCUGGAUACUAAACGGACCAAUGAAACCGAGCAGAUGUUGAGCUCAAUUGUGGGCAUGGCUUGUGUGGAAGCCUCAGUUGGAGCUCAGGAUCCUGCAGAAAGACGAAACUCGGCGUCAAAGGCUUCCAAAGCCAAACGUGAUUCAGGGAGGCCCGUGCGCAAACGUCGUAGCUCAUGCACAGACAAAAGAAAGGAGCUUGGCAGUCCAGCUAUUAACGGUGAAACUGGGGAACAAGAUGCUGAGAGCCAAAAGCCAUUUGGAUGUACCUUAAUGUACCAAGACAGUCCAGUGCAUCAUGAAACCGAGUGCUCUGAGAACCAAGAAACUGAGGCUUUAAUAAGCUGCGUGCUACCAAAUGGAGACUCCAUGAACAUUGAGAGCUUGGAGCAGAAGACGCCAAGGAAUAAAAAACAUGGACCGGUCCAAAAGACGCUGGAAAGCCCUCGUGGAAAGCUAGUUGAGAGCGUUCAGUCAGAGCGAGUUACUGAUGAGAGCAACACUGGACCCACUGAGCCUAGUUUGGCUCCCUGGCAGCAGGCGGACUUCAACAUCGACGACAUCCUGAAACCUGUGGCAAAGAGUCGGGGUUCUGUGCGACGCAGCCUGAGGAACCGGAGGAGCGUGGACCUUCAGGCUGUGGGCCUGGCCUGGGUGGAUCACACUUCUCCGGAGCGGAGUAAAGCGAGCCGGAGGAAGACGCGGGGAAGACUCGGCGGAGUUUCUGAGCCUCUUCUCUCUCAGGCCUCUGAGGAACCAGCACCAAACUCACCUCAAUCAUUUGUGUGUCAGUUAGCUGUUUAAUUACUCUCAAAUGAGCUUCUGAUAAAAUACUGCUCUGUUCUCUGGUGUAAUGUUUUACAUUUCUUUUGUUGUUUUUUUAUAGCAUUUUAGUGUCGAUGGAUGAAAGAAGAUUGUAUUAUUGUUAGAUUACUUCUGCUCAUUAAAUCUUCUCUUGGGUGAA